AUAGUUGUUACUAUUGUAACAGAUAUUAAAAAACAUUUUUUUCUUUUUUUCACCUUUAGUUCCUUUUCUGGGUGAAUCCAACAGUGUUUAAAAUCCCAGGUAUCCUCCUCAGUUGCAGAAAACAUGGAAAAACCAAUUAUAUAUGGGCUAGACAGUGGUCAGGCAAAAGAAAAUGCGUAAGACUAAAACUGUCAGAUUUCGGGAGACAAUAGAUGUGUAUAUAAGUCCUUCAAGCCAGAUGAUGGAUACAGAAGACGACAGCAAUGUGACUGAACUUGCUCUAGAUUUAGUGAAGAGGGCCAUCUCCGCUGCUGUUAAGACUGUGAAAGAAGAUAAAUACACCAUCAAAAACAUCAACUGGAUCACACAUGGUGAAUUCACAGCAGAAAGGGGCCGUAGACAAAUUGAAGAGUUCGUUUUGGUAAGUUAGUUGACCACUCCAGUUUGGUAUACAAAGGCAAAGAACAAUAAAAAGGCUCUAGUUUGAUGAAAAGUUUGAAGUCCAGAAACCCUAGGCGAUGAUAUCAAAGGCAAAUAGAACAAGUAAACAUUGUCCCCAUCUGACUUCCAAAAUCAAAGUCUUUGAAGGUGAAAAGCACAACUGUAUUUUCCAGUGUUUGUAUUAUCAUAACUGAACAUUUCCCUAGAAAUAUCUUAUAUUUCCAGUUGAACAUUUUGCUCAUGCUGGUGCAUUAAAUGUGGGGCCCAGUGGCCUGAGGUACCAGUUGCUUCUCCCAAACAAGAAUUCACCAUCACCAACUUUAGAACAUUCCUAUUAACAGAGGGGAUGUGCAGGAUCGAAAGUCAUUUUCUUGUAGCUUUGGGAUGUACUGCCUGCAGUCAGAUGCACAUGUCCGUGAAUUCCUUUUUCUUUUCCUCCUGUGCCUGGCUCCGACCCACUUGUGUGGCUUAUCCUGGCAGCUCUGGUGAAAAGGCCCUAGGUUGCUUUGCAUAACUGGUGGGUAGAUGAAUGAUUGAAAUUCCCACUCAUUGUACUUCCCCAGAUGAGAGACCAGUUGAAAUUGGUGGAGGCAAACCUCCACCCCUGGGAGACUUCCUGCUGUCUCUGUUCCUCUGGCUAGCCCAUCAAAGCUCACAGCCCUAAGGGCCCUAGGCAGCCCCAGUCAGGUUGGAAUUAGGAAAGGUCAGGGAUUUCUGGCUUCACACUCUCCAUCUGUGAUCCAGA